UAUAAUAAAAUAAUAAAAAUAAUAUUAUUAAAUAAUAAUAUGUUAAUCAUAUUACGAAAAUAAAUUAAAUUACUAAUUUAGUUUUAUUUUUAUAUAUUCAUAUUUCAUAUUGAAAAUAUGAAUAUUGAAAUAUUGAUUUGAAUGAUUGAUCAAUUUGUUUUGUCGGCCAAUUUUUAUUUACACAUGUGACUCGUAUGAUCAUGAUUUUUGAAACGGAAAUCAAAGUCUCUUGGCUUUUUCUCAUGAACAGAUUUAGAAAUAUAUUGAUUCUUAAAAUUUUAAUAAACCACUGCUUCGUCUGGUGUCUAUAAUUAAAUACUAAUUUUCUACCAGAUUGAAAAUUUUUGAUGUUAAAAUCUGGAAUUUAUAGAUCCAAUGUCACAUUCAGUAAAAAUUUAUGAUACAUGUAUAGGGUGUACUCAAUGUGUACGAGCCUGCCCCACAGACGUAUUGGAAAUGAUACCUUGGGACGGAUGUAAAGCUAAGCAAAUUGCUUCCGCACCAAGAACCGAGGACUGUGUGGGUUGUAAGAGAUGUGAAUCCGCCUGCCCCACGGAUUUUUUGAGUGUCCGUGUUUAUUUAUCAUAUGAAACAACUCGCAGCAUGGGUCUAGGUUAUUGAUACGUUACAAAAAAAUCCACUUGAAUCAAUUGAUUCCUCUUUACCGACAAAAGCCCGUACUCGAGAAAAUAUAUUAUUCUAUUCCGAGCACGGGUUUUUCUGGUCAAACGUAUCUUGUCUUUAUCACGAGUUAUUUUCCUUGGUUAACAAUACUUGUUGUUUUGCCGAUAUCCGUCGGUUCUUCCAUUUUCUUUCUUCCUCAUAAAGGAAAUAAGAUGUUUAGGUGGUAUGCUAUAUGUAUAUGCUCGUUGGAACUCCUUCUAACAACCUAUGUUUUCUGUUAUCAUUUCCAAUUGGACGAUCCAUUAACCCAAUUGGAGGAAGAUUUAAAAUGGAUAGAUGUUUUUGAUUUUCACUGGAGACUGGGAAUCGAUGGGCUUUCCAUAGGACCUAUUUUACUGACAGGAUUUAUCACCACUUUAGCUACCUUAGCGGCUUGGCCAGUUACUCGAAAUUCGCGAUUGUUCUAUUUUCUCAUGUUAGCAAUGUACAGCGGUCAAAUAGGAUUAUUUUCUUCUAGAGACCUUUUACUUUUUUUCAUGCUGUGGGAGUUAGAAUUAAUUCCUGUUUAUUUACUUUUAUCCAUGUGGGGGGGAAAGAAACGUCUCUACUCGGCCACAAAGUUUAUUUUGUACACUGCGGGGGGCUCCAUUUUUCUCUUAAUAGGAGUUCUAGGUAUGGGUUUAUAUGGCCCUAAUGAACCCACAUUAGAUUUUUCAAAAUUAACUAAUCAAUCAUAUCCUGUGGCAUUGGAAAUAAUAUUAUAUUUUGGAUUCCUUAUUGCUUAUGCUGUCAAAUCGCCGAUUAUACCCCUACAUACGUGGUUACCAGAUACCCAUGGAGAAGCACAUUACAGUACAUGUAUGCUUCUAGCUGGAAUCUUAUUAAAAAUGGGCGCAUAUGGACUUAUUCGGAUCAAUAUGGAAUUAUUACCCCACGCUCAUUCUAUAUUUUCUCCCUGGUUGGUAAUAGUGGGAACGAUUCAAAUAAUCUAUGCAGCUUCAACCUCUCUCGGUCAACGGAAUUUAAAAAAAAGAAUAGCCUAUUCCUCUGUAUCUCACAUGGGUUUCACAAUUAUAGGAAUUGGUUCUAUAACCGGAAUGGGACUCAACGGUGCCAUUUUACAAAUACUCUCUCAUGGAUUUAUUGGUGCUGCGCUUUUUUUCUUGGCAGGAACGAGUUGUGAUAGAAUACGUCUUGUUUAUCUCGACGAAAUGGGGGGGGUAUCGAUCCCAAUGCCAAAACUAUUUACCAUGUUCAGUAGUUUUUCGAUGGCUUCUCUUGCAUUGCCAGGAAUGAGUGGUUUUGUUGCGGAAUUAUUAGUAUUUUUUGGAAUAAUUACUAGUCCAAAAUACCUUUUAAUGCCAAAAAUGCUAAUUACUUUUGUAAUGGCAAUUGGAAUGAUAUUAACUCCUAUUUAUUUAUUAUCUAUGUUACGUCAGAUGUUCUAUGGAUACAAGCUAUUCAAUGUUCCAAACUCUAAUUUUGCGGAUUCUGGACCACGAGAACUAUUUGUUUCAAUCUGUAUCUUUCUACCCGUAAUAGGUAUUGGUAUUUAUCCGGAUUUCGUUCUCUCGCUAUCAGUUGACAGGGUGCAAGCUAUCCUAUCUAAUUACUUUCAUCGAUAGUCUUUCAUUAAUAAUACGGAAAUAUAAUUUUUGUCUUUGAUUUUAAGAUUUUUAAAAUCGUUCGCUGUACAAUGCAAAAGAAUAAAGUGAAUUAGAAUUGUAAUGAGAUGCAUUUUGAGUUUUUGAGAACCGUUUUGAAUAAGGAAUGAUUCAAACGGUUCUCAAAAACUCGCACAAACAAGAAGCUUUUUAUAUAUAUAUGGGAUGAUGUUCUUAUGUAUUCUUUAUGUAGUUUAUUCAAUUAUUUAUCUGUGUAGUUUAUUCAAGUAGAUGUUAAUGUGAAUGAACCAUAACUAUGUAGACCUAUUCCUAAUAGAUUGAUUCCAAAAUAACAUACCCAAAUUAUAAGAAAUCCUAUAGAAGCCACAAGUGCCGAAUUCAUACUUUGCAAACUUUGAUUUGUUCUACUUCUAAUAUGUAUUCUAGUUCUAGUAUGUAAAUAAAUCGCGAAUAUGGUCCAAGUAAUAAAAGCCCAAGUUUCUUUGGGGUCCCAAUUCCAAUAAGAUCCCCAUGCCUCAUUAGCCCAUACUGCUCCACAAAGAAUGCCUAUGGUUAAAAAGGUAAAUCCUAAACUAAUGACACGAUAACUCCAAUAAUCCAAACGUUGAGUCAAUUGAUAUUUAUAAUAAUUUCGAAAUGAAAGAAAAGAAGUGUUUUUAAAAACACUUCUUUUUUCAUUCAAAUAUUGAAUCUCACCAAAGAAAAA